GAGUUGAAGAUUAACUUUGAUUUUGCUGGUUAAUCAAAAUUGUGGUUUAAUUUUGAAUUGCAUUAACCAUCUCUGAGUGGUUGGUUCUUUCUUAAUUGUUUAUGUUUGAAAAAUUAAACAGAAAGAAUGGGUGAGUAAUGGCAUUAGCAGAAGCUAGGGCAGCUUGGCAGAGAACAGCCAACAGAUGCUUAGUCCAAGAAGAUGCUAAAAGAGCUCCUAAAUUAGCUUAUUGCUCUUCCAUUAAACACCCCGAUUAUAUCGAAAUCGCUACUGCUUCUUCAUCAGCCGACACCCAACAUAUUCCCAACACGCCUUUUAAUCUCAAUUCUCCGUACCCUAAUUUAUCCCCCAAUUCGAAAUGGUGGCUGCAGCAGCAGCAAUCGAAUUGUAGUACUAGUUAUCAGAAAGGUUCGAUGAACAGAAACGAACACUUCGAAUCCAUGGAAAGUAAUACGGAGGAUAAAUUUGAAGUCGAAUUAUUGGAUGUUGGAGAUUUUGGGGUUUCGAAGAAUGGGAAUGAGGUUUAUUUUAAUGCGGAGUCGUCUUGGAUAGGGUCGGAGAGGAAUCGUCCGUGGUGGCGAACUGCAGAUACGGAUGAGCUGGCUUCGUUUGUUGCGCAGAGGUCGAUUGGAUGUAUAGAGAAUUGUGAUCUUCCUCGGCCUCAAAAUACUCGUAUUAAAAAGAAUGAUGGAAUUUCUUGCCAAAAGCUUAUGUCAGCUGAGGGUCAAUUAGUGUCUGAUACAGACAAGCGAUUAAGAGAUAUGAAAACCGAUGAAAGGAUGCAUACAUCGGAGAAUGAUAUGAGCAUGGCCCAACUAAUGGAAGCACUAAGACAUUCUCAGACACGUGCAAGAGAAGCCGAGACAGCAGCAAAACAAGCCUGUGCACUGAAAGACGAUGUCAUCAAGCUCAUAUUCAGACAAGCAUCUCAGCUCUUUGCCUACAAACAAUGGCUUCGACUUUUGCAAUUGGAGAACAUGUAUCAACAGCUCGUGAACGACAAAAGAAAAACCCAGACAGUAUCGGUUGUCUUUCCGAUAAUGUUGCCUAGCAAGCCUCGAAGUACUAGAAAACGGGCGAAAAGACGAUCUUGCCCUCCGUGUGGUGUUGGAAGAAACGCGAUUUUGUUUGCGUUGGGAUUGGGAUUGGUUGGGGCUGGAUUCUUGCUUGGGUGUACUAUAGGUUGGAUGCUACCAACUUAUUGGUGAAGAGUGCAUGUCAUAGGUUUAUAUAUAUAUGUAUAGCUUCUUGAGAAUUUUGUGGAUGUGGAUUUGUGUGUAUAUAUGUUCAUUUGAUCUUUCACUUUUUUCCUUUUUGGCCGAUUUCUUGUACAUAAGAAUUAUGUUUAAAUUUUCGAUUUUCUUGGAUUUAAGUUUUUCCUGCUA